AUGGCACUCUGGCUUUUUCCCCUGGCCUCUCCUACUGGGGCCUUGUUUCUCCCGGACUGCACCCACGAGCUGUGUCCAUCAACGAAAUAUGAUCCUGAUGCGCCCUCGCCGGUGUUCUGCGACGUGCAGCUGGCCGAGCUGGCACCGGAGUACUUCAGCACGCUGGGCACCUGGCAGAAGAGAUAUGGCCGAGACAACUUGCAGCUCUCCAGGCACUUUCUGCAGGAGAUUUUCCAUGCACAGAUUGAACCGCAGCUGGAGGAGGCCUUGAACCAUUGCCCGGCCGCGGUGUUGGAGAUCAUGAUGAACUGUUUGCUGGCUGUGGAGACCGAACAGGGCCGAACCGCAGCUCGAGACUUCCUGCUGCAAAUCCACCGGCUCAGGGAUGAGCUUCUUGAGAAGCUUCCAGAUGAUCAGAGGAAAAAACAGCUCCAUCAGCUGAUGCUGGAGUGGAACGCUGACAUCGCCUACGUUUAUCCCAAGUUCCUGGACCUUCAAAGCCUUGGUCCAGAUGGCAAAGACAUUUGCUUGGGUCAGCGCUUCUUUGUUUAUGAGCUGCCGGAGCAACUGUAUGGUGGAACCUUUGAGUGUUUGCAAGGUCAAUGGGGUACGGAAGUGCUCCUCCAUGAAUAUUUCCGGCACAAUUGCAACACGCCAGAUCCCCAGGAGGCGGAUUGGUUCUAUGUCCCACUUCAUGCGACUUGCGUCUAUGUGAAGCUCAACGAGAAUGUGAGCGAAGAGUUGGUCUUUAACAUGGACAACGUCUCAAACCACUUCAUUUGGGACCCCAUGAUGGAUUUCUUGAAGGCCUCCCGCUACUUCCAUCGUUAUGAGGGUGCAGAUCACAUCUUCCUGUUUGCGGACGGGCAAGGCCCAAGGAUUUGGGACAGUUACGACCUGCUUCGAAGCGAAUCAGUGUUUCUCUCACCGGAGAGCCGCUGUCCCACUUGGAACGAGCCUUUGCGCCGCUACGUGGACGUGAAGCGAUGCCUUUCCAGUUGGAAGGACUUGGUGAUCCCGGGGCACACCGACUAUGCGCGCAUCCAGUACAUGAAGAGCCACAACAAGCGCUCAGCGGAACGACGCCUGCUCAUGACCUUCCAUGGCAGAGCACCAGAGCUGCAUGGUGCUUAUAGCCACUGCGCGGCGCGUGGGGCUUUGAUGCAACUGGGCCGAGCGCGAGGUUUGGAUGAGGGAGUUGACAUUGGUGGCUUUGUAGGGGACUACCCGGAGCGCAAAGGUGACAGCCACUUCUGCUUGGUUCCAGCAGGGACAAGUCCAUGGACCAACCACCUCUACGAGAGCUUUUAUGCUGGCUGCAUUCCGGUGAUCCUGAGUGACGAAUACGAGGUGGCCUUUGCCGAUGACUUGCCAUGGCAUAAGUUCUCCAUCAAGUGGCCAGAGAGCCAAGUUUGUGAUGAUGCAGACUGCACAAGCUCCACCCUUUACAACUACCUGCGCGACUUUGCGCAAGAGCAUCCGCAGCAGCUCUGGGAGAUGAAGCGGGAGCUUGAAAUACACAGCUGCUACUUCAACUGGUAUUCAACUGACCAAAGCUGCAGCCCUUACUUUCUCUUGCACAAGCACCUCAAACACUUGGCGGAUCAGCGCAGCCGACGGAAAAGCCGUGAGCCUCGUUACUGGAACGCGGCUCCUGCGUUUGUGGGCCGAGACCCUGCUUUUGUCCAUCUGGAGCGGGAGACUCGUUUCAAGCACUUCGAUGAUGACAGCUGGGCACUGGUGGUAGGCAAUGAGGAGCGAGGUGUCUCUGAAGAAGUCCUACGCUGCUGCAACGACUUCCUCCGAGUGCCCCAGGUGCGGGGAGCUUCGCUCAAUGUGGCGCAUGCCGCGGCCAUUUGCAUCUACGAGUCAUUGCUGGAGGCAUCCGCGAAAUCCCCGGCCGACUCCUGGUCUUGUCAACUUGAGGUCUUUGGUCUUUAUGGAGGGCCCACAGCUGGAGAGCAAAGAAUUGGAUGCUCGGCUCCAUCCGAGCUGGGGAAGACCGGGGAGAUGGAUGGAAAGCUCUCCAGAGAUGCCUUCGUGGAGGAGUUGGAGUUGGUAGAUGAGUGUUUGCGCUACAAGCUUCUGGCCGGAAAUGGGCCAGAGAGUGGUUGGGUGAACAUCAAAUUAGACCAGACGGACCUGUUGCAUUGCAUCGUCAAGGAGGCUGCCGACGAUACCACAAGUCAAGUGCCCUUCUUUUGUGCCUGGUAUUCGGGCGGCUUCUCACCCAAGGACGGCGAGAAGUUAUUGGCGCCUUUGCUGGAUGCCGUCAAGGAGGCCGGCAUGAAGGAUGCGGCCAUCUUCCACUUCCCGGAUGCCUAUGGGAUUGCAGAGGAAGGUCGAGAACCUUGGGCCAAGUACAUCGACUUGUUGGUCGAAGAGGUCAAUCAGGUUGCAGGCGAGAACCGGCCUUUGGUGCUCUUUGGCCACAGCCGGGGCGCGGCACCUGCGACCUGCCUGGCGUAUCGCCUGCAGAAACGGGUGAAGAAGGUCUAUAUCGCCGCCUGUGGCGCGAUGCACCUGGGUGAACCGACCGGAUGGGAACUGCUGAGCCAACGCUUCAAAGCAGGAGGUGACCGUGACCUCCUGAAAUGGUUCUCCGACCUGCAGCCGGAGAAUAUCUUGCUGCGCCGCACCGCCUAUGAUACCUCGGACAGUGAGUUCCAGGAACAGGUGCAGUCCAGCAAGUUCCUCUCAGAGAUGCUCAACCUCAUGAGGGCUCAGUAUCGCGAUGCCAUGUACCCAGAUCCCGAGCGUGACUUUGGGUCGAUGCCAGUGCCAAUUAUGGCCUUCAGUCCUUUGCUGGACGACUCCUGUCAGCCGGAACACUGCAAAGCUUGGGGCCGUUUGACGGAGGACUUCCAGCUGGAAAAUUUGAACGCAGGUCACAUGGAUUGUCUUCAAGCACGAGCUGCUCCGCUCCCUCCCGAUUUGAAGCUGGAACUUCAUUGCCCUCUCCUCAUACCUGAGAUUCUGCAAAUGACGCCAGCGAUGGAAGAGACCUUGCGGAACUUUGCACAGGUUCAGGCCAAUCAGCGUGGCGAGGGCACCAGCUGCGAGCUUUUCGAAAAGAUUUCGCAGGACCUUCAGCAGUUUUUGGCGUGA